AUGAUGGCAUGUUAUGAAUCGUGUGUUGACGUGGGCCGAAGAUGGUCGCUUGCUAAAGACAAGAUCUACUGCACGAGUUGUGGCGGGCUGCGGAGACAUUUGAACUUGCUCUCUGAAAACACAGUCAAAGCAGCGGAAGAUAAACCUGUCGCACCUGUGACAAAAGAAGAGCGGGUUGAAAUCAAAGAGGAGUGGGCUGAUAACAAGGAGUUCCUACCAAUUUAUAAAUCUAAGGAGUGUAAGUGUAAGCAAAAUUGUUGGGAGUGGAUUCUAUCCUUUCUAGGAUUUGGCACCAAACUUCCUGCUUGUUGUAAACGUGUGCCCUUAACUGUCUGGGAUAGUGGUGAAGUCGCUAGGGCUGUUUUAGUCAGCAAGGUUCGGGAGGUAGUUCAAGGUUUCAGAUCCCGGACAAAGCCACAGGUCAGACGCACAUCGCAAAUAAAUCUCCAGGAACAACUGACAGAAGAGGAACAAGCACAACAAGUUGUCCAAGUUGCCACCAGCAGGAAAGAAUAUUUGAAAAAUUAUACGACUGAUCAUUUUUCUUCAGCAUCGACCGCUUCGUUUGACGUAGACAGCAAUCCGGCAGAGGUCAAACGCGGUAAAAAGCAUAAGCACAAGAAACACAAACGUCCCGGAAGUGGAACUACCCCAAGGAUCAGCGGGAACUCUCAACGGAGCAGCGAUACCCACAUAGGGAGCAGGCUCGCCGGUGCUAUUGCCGAGUUAAAAGCUAGAUCAAAACCUCCAGUGUCCAGUUCAUCGUCCGAAGGUGAUGUAAAGGAAGAGAAAGACAACGCGGCAAAGUCUUUCUUUAAUCCUUUCAAGAACAGAUCAUUCGUUCGAAAGUGUUCGUGUCCGGGUAAGUUCCGGUCAUUCUACUGUCCUCCAUUGCCUUGUGUGAGCCGGAAAUCUAGGUCAAAAAGUUCCCUCUCUCGUUCUAGAGAAAGGGGGGAGAAACAAACGAUUAGAAUACAGUUAAGUCCAAAAGAUCAACCAUCAAAGCAACACCGUAUUUGUAAACAGUUACAACCCGUGAGCAAGUGCGCAACAGGAUCAAACAAAAGUCCGUCAUCUUCACAGAAGAACUCUGAAACUCCGUGCCAAGUCAAGCGUGACUACAAAGUUAUAAAAAGCAGCAGCAUGCCGUGUUCAACUUGUACCAGUUGCUUCGGCGCCUCCAAACCCAGAUCCCGCUUCUGUCGGUGUGACCCAGAUCUCUCAUGCGGAGGGCCCAAGCUGCCUUGUCGUUCUGCAAGCUUCCACUCGACACUGCUGAGGUCGCCUUCCCCCCUUGCCGUGGUCAUGCCCCAGAUCAGCCCCUGCUGCCGGCCCUGUGCUGUCUCCACCGGCCGCCCCAGAUGCAGACGCUUCAAGUGCUCCAGUCCCUUGGACGGCAUCAGCAGAAGGUCUCGGAGCUGCUCGCGUCCCUCGUGCUGUUGUGCAAUCAAAUCACCGUACUGCAGUCCCCCGCCACUCUGUAAAUCGAGCCGGGAGAGAUCGUCUGGACCGUGUGUGGACAAAAAGUCUCCCUGUAGUCUCGACUCCUGUCACCUAGGGAGCAAACCCCCCAUCAGCCUUUGUCCGCCAUGCUGCACCAAACCUUGCUGUUUGCCGUGCCCGCGAAGAUUCACAGUGUUUCCCUACUGUCAACGAAUCGACGCCACCAGCAAACGAUACCUAUCAAUCCCGCCUUGUACCAUGCGGGCUGCCUGUCCAUGUCCAACUGGUGGGCCCUGUAGCUGCCCCAAAGCCAAACACUUCCCCCUGCCCUGUUGCCCCUACUCCCCGUCCCCAACGUGUCGAGUCGCCUGCUCGACGCCGUCGGCGAUGAGCUACAUCAAAUCUAAACAAAACGACGCCAUAUGCCAACGACUGCUCUCCAGAUAUGGUUUCUCCCCGCCCUUGUGCCAGAACUGUCCGUCGCCUUGCUAUGGAGGUGCCUCCGAGGGGUUGUGUGGUAACCUGACCCCCAGCUGUACCUCCAACUUCUACAGCUGUGCGGGGACAGGUUCUGGAGGCUGUCGAUCAUGUCUUCCUUAA